CACGUGGGGGAGCUGUGGCCCCAGCACUGGCCAGGGACCCUGGAGUCCUCCUCAUCUCUGGGUUGGGGGACGAACCUGCUGAGCCGGGCCGCCCCCUCUCCCACACCCACUCCCAGAAUCCGGGGCCCGACCUAUCGGCUAGCGUCUCCGCCUCCUUCGCUUCACAACCUCGAGCUCGUCCCACCCAUCCUACCUGGGCCCAGUACUCGGCUGCCUGCGGGACAGUACUGUCCUUCCAGCGCCCGGCUCUGGAGCGCGACCCUGAAGCUAUGGAGGUGCUGGUCCUGGCCGGAUACCGCGCGCAGAAGGAGGACGAACUGAAUCUGGCCCCCGGGGACGUGGUCCGGCAGGUGUGCGAGGGGUCCGCACGGGGCUGGCUGCGCGGAGAGCUACGGGGUCGUUGUGGCCUCUUCCCCGAGAGGUCGGUACAGGAGAUCCCCGAGGCUCUGCGCGGCGCCGGGGAGGCGCCGAGCCCGCGCUGUGCGCGCCGCCGAGGUCGCCCCGCCAAAUCUCGGGGCCCCCAAAGAUGGUGCAAGGUGAACUUCAACUACAGUCCGGAGCAGGCGGACGAGCUGAAGUUGCAAGCUGGGGAGAUUGUGGAAGUGAUAAAGGAGAUUGAGGACGGCUGGUGGCUGGGGAAGAAGAACGGGCAGCUGGGAGCCUUCCCAUCCAACUUUGUGGAGUUGCUGGACAGUGGGCCCCCAAGCCUCGGGAACCCAGACAUGCCUUCAGUCAGCCCCAGUCCCCAGCGGCCUCCCAAGCUGAGCAGCCUGACCUAUGACAGCCCUCCAGACUACCUGCAGACAGUCUCCCGCCCUGAGAUCUAUAGGGUGCUGUUCGACUACCAGCCUGAGGCCCCAGAUGAGUUGGCGCUGCGGAGAGGAGACGAGGUGAAAGUACUGAGGAAGACCACAGAGGAUAAGGGCUGGUGGGAAGGAGAGUCUCAAGGCAGAAGAGGAGUCUUUCCAGACAACUUUGUGCUCCCCCCACCCCCAAUCAAGAAGCUGAUCCCACGGAAAGUGGCAUCUCGGGAGUCAGCUCCUCUUAAGGAACCAAAAAGGAUGAUGCCCAAAGCAGCCCUGCCUACAGUCAAGAAGCUGGUGACAGCCCCCACUGGGCCCAGCAAACCCAAGCCAUCUUGGAUACCCAGUGGAGACAGUCAGAAGCGCCCCUCCCGAGACUCCGGCUCCAGUGGCAGCUUCCUCAGAAGGGGUCCAGGCCACCCUGGUAGAAAGGGAUCAAAAACCCAGACUUCCCGGCAGCGCUCUGCCACCAGUCAGGAGGAAGAGCAGAGCAGCCUGGCAAAGGCCCCUCCUGUGAAUAAAACCCCUACUCUGGACAAGACUCCCAGCCCAGAGAAGACUCUGUCUCCGGAUAAGGCCCCCACUCCAGAGGAAACCCUGACUCCAGAUAAGGUCCCCAUCUCAGAGGAGGCCCAGAUUCUGGAGUUCAAGGGCCCAGCCCCAGAGAACCCCACCCCAGAGGAGAGCCUGACUCUGGACAAGGCUCCCAGCCCACACAGCGUGACUUCUGGGGAUGAGGCCCCUGCCCCAGACGUCCCACCUGAGGAUGAAGCCCCUGGCCCAAAGAUGGCCCUGCCUGGGGAUGAGACCCCCACCCUAGAAAAGGUCUUGACCCCUGAGCAGGUGCUCUCUGCAGAGGCCUCCACUAGAGACAACACUCAGCUCCAUCACUUCUCUCCGGAGCAAGCCCUGCUGAAGUUCAAGUCUCUCGUGGCCAAUGAGGUUCAAUCCCAAGAGGUCCAUAUGCCAGAGGAGACUGACCUCUGCAUGAGGACAUACCCUGUGAAUCAGGACAGCUCCCCGUUCCAGUCUGAGUCCAAGCCAGGGUCCGUGCCUGCCGAGGAGGUACCUGGGCAGCAUGAGGCUACCCAGAAGGAGGAGGCACCCCCCAAAGAGCAGGAGUCCCCCAAAGAGAUAGCCCCUGUUCAAAAGAAUCCUCAUCCUAUCAAGUCGACUCCAGACCCCCAAGAGACUCCCAGCCUACUUUCUCCGGUCCCACAAAAUCUCACGGACAGCAAAAGUGACAGAGGCGAUAUAAUGAGGCUACAGGACGAGGUGGAGUCUUUAAAAAGGUCGCUGGAGCGGAUGUGGGUGCAGCUGGAGAGGAAGCUGACGGACAUCUGGGAGGAGCUGAAGAGCGAGAAGGAGAAGCGCCUGUUGCUGGAGGUGCAGAUGAAGCAGGGGACCCAGGAGUCCCGGACCGGGGGCUCAAUCCACGUGCAGACGCAGACGCACUGAGGGUGGGCCCGGGAGGGGGACUACGGCGAGACCUGGGGGGAAGUCAGGCCCCGGCCACCCACGUCCUCCCACACGACUUUGAGAAACACAAGAAAGUAAACUGCGGUGUAAGCGCU